UCAACAGGUUGCUGCCGCCGCCGCCGCUGCCCCUGCUUCCCUCGGUGCCUGGAAUCUAGGCGCGGCUCUCUCCUCCCUGCGAGGAGAUUAAAAGGCGCCCAGCUCCUAAAAGCGGCCUCGCGCGCGCGCACCGGCCCAGUCCAAGGGAGCUUCUCCUCCUCCUCCUCCUCUCCGCUUUUUCCCUCUUCUGCCCAACAUGGUUCGCUGCGGCUUGGCCUGCUGGAGGUGCCGGUGGCUCCUGCCCCUUCUCUUGGGCUUAGCUAUCAUCCUGGGCAUCAUCGCCUUGUCUGGCAGGGGGUGGCUCGAGUCCGCCGAACAGCCUUACGUGCGCAAAGCCUCUCUCUGGUCGGACUGCCUGAAAACCGGCGAAGAUGAUUUGAACUGGGAGUGCAGAUCCCUGAUGGAUUAUAGUUGGGGAAGAGCUUCUGCUGCUACAUAUCUUGUUGGCUUUGUCAUCCUCUGCAUCUGUUUCUGCCUAGCAGUCAUAGCCUUUUCCAUUGAUAUACUACGGUUCAACUUUGUUCGAGGCAUUGGAGGGUUGCUCUUCGUCGUUGCUGCUUUCCAAAUUAUAGGCCUGGUCAUCUAUCCAGUGAUGUUUGUGGAGGACAUUCCAUUGACAGGAAGCAACAUGUUCAGCUGGGCUUAUGGCUUUGGUUGGGCAAGCACUGUGAUUGCGAUAGGCUGUGCCUUCUUUUUCUGCUGCCUCCCCAACUGGGAAGAUGAAGUCCUGGGCAACAUCAAACCCUACCCCAUCUACAGCAGUGGCGAACGUGUUUGAUACGGAGUUAGUAGAAAAGAUUGCUUUCAGUAAAGAAAACUAUAUCGUUUCUGGCUUGUGGGAAAGAGCAUGCUUAUAUUGCCCUGUUUUCAUUUGACAUAGAAUUCCUAGCUUUGUUCUAAUAAUUACACCAAAUUUCACAGUUCGUUUUUAGUCUUGUAUCCAUUUUCAGAUCUGGCAGCUGCUGUUAUUACAAGGAAGACAGAAUAAAUUGUAUUUUGAUGGUUAAUACGAGUUUCCUUUUAAUAACCUCAUAAGAAAGUAAGAUGUGUCUCCGUGUGGUUUGUUUCUAUGUUUUGAUAUUUUACUGAGUAAAUUCCUUUUACACUUUAAGACCAGCACAACCCUCAGAGUCUAGGUUUGCAGGAUCCUUAUCCAGUAAUGUCAGUCUGAUAUGGAUUUUAGAAAAAAACUAAAAGUUACAGCAAGAUAGUGUCAAUGAGAAUGCUUUCGAAAAGUGCAGAAUAAAUAUUUAUACAUUUAGCACACAAUCUUUUAAGCUAAGCAAAGUUUCAGUGAGGCUUGCACCAGAAGAGUGCUUAAGAGUUGCAGCCAAUAUGACUACAGUACUGAGCUUAAAUAGUUACUACUUACUCCACAGUAAAUUCAAGUGCAAGGAUUGCAACAUUUUGUAUGCACAAGUAUAAUGCAUACUGGCAUUCUGUAGGUUUUCAAAUUAAUUGCCUCAAUCUCCUCCCACCCCAUGUCAAUCAAUCUCCAAACACUGUAAAAUAUUUUGUAUGUUUUACAUUUCUCAGUUGUGAAUUGAGGGUGAAAGAAAGCUUUAGAGCUGCGUUUCUAUCCCUACACUCAAUAUCUGAUAGAAUUUUAUCAAUGCUAAAUGGACCUCCCUGUAAAAAUUUUUAUAAGAAUUUUGAGAUACAAUUUUUGAUACAAAUAAAUUGCAAAAAGUAACAUGCUCUAGCAGAGGUAAUGGUAGUAGUAAUAAAAAAUGUGUGCCUGCUUCCAGUCUUACUCUCCAAAGUCCCUAUGGCAGAAAAUUCACAACAGGGAUACCAUAUCCAUGAAAUGAGAACUGUAGCUUUCCCAGAGAUGUCUAAAAGCUGGAUUUACAAAGCUAGCCAUAAUCACAUAAGAGAUAAGAUGGGCAAUUAUCAAGCAGUGAGAUACUAUAUUGCAGGUUUUUAAAUCUAUGGUGAUGCUCCUCCAUAUUUGAUCACAUCUAGGAAAGUUAAGCAUGUGCUUAGCAGUGCAGUCCUAUAACUCUUUACUCUGAAGUAAGCCCAUUGAGUUACUGACAAUAGAAUUGCAACCUGGGGUUCCCAAACUAAAAAUUAGUGGGACUUAAAAGUGUAUCAAUUUGGGUUCUGUAACUUGGAUGAUGACAAAUAUUUUUAGGUCUUCAAAGUGUCCAGAUUUUAGAUGCUAUAUGUAGUGAUGGACAGGAUUAAAGUGGUACUAUUUUGAACACAAUAUUUUUUAAAAAGGUUAUUAUGACUGGAAACCUUGAUUGGAAUAUGUGUAUACUUUCAUAUACUUAAAAUAUUUUGUAAAUGUAUAAAACCUAUGUUUAUCAUGACAGCCAUCAUGAUUUAAAGUAUAUUACUAAGAAGAGUUUGGAAUAUCAAAUAUCAGUUUUAUACCUUUUUACAGGGUUUUUUUUGUAUUUGCAGAAAUGUUGUGUAUUGCGAUUUAUAACUUCAGACAUGACUAUUUGAUGUAUUUUAUAAAUCUCAUUGUCCAAACAAAUCCAUCCACUGUUGAAUAAUUUGCUUAAUAAAGGUUGGUAAAGCAAAAUAAGUUCUCAAGAAAAAACUAA